CGUUUUCCACCUACGGAGGGAGAAAUCAUCGAAAUAUCCUCAUCCCCUGAAAGGGAACCCGAAAACAGGACGAGAGUGGAUAGGGUGACUAAGGAGGCCAUAAAAAUUAGUAGUGCAUUUUUGAAAGAUAAGAUUACAAAAAGGCGAGAGCAGCAUAAUUGUUAGUUAGGGGUAAGAGGGGACGGGCCCGUAUAGAAAGUCAAUCCUUCUUUUUCCGAUAUGCCGCUCCGCAAGCAAGGAGUGCCACGCACGAGCGGAUCAAAAACUAAGCAAGGGGAAUUUCGUCAUUCCAUGGAAAGCAUGCGAAAUCCUUUGAUCGUUUAUAGAAUCAAAAUAACUAUAUAGUCUUUCUUGUUCCACUUGCAAGGCAAGGAAAAUAAAAUGUCAGUUUCGUUAUUACAACCUUAUUUUUUUAUGUCAAAGACAAAAAGCUACGCGCAAAUUCUCAUUGGAUCUCGGUUGUUCUUAAUAGCGAUGGCUAUUCAUUUAAGUCUUCGGGUAGCACCACCAGAUCUUCAACAAGGUGAAAAUUCUCGUAUUUCAUAUCUACAUGUUCCUGCGGCUCGGAUGAGUAUAGUUAUUUAUAUCGCGACAGCUAUAAACAGUUCCUUGUUCCCAUUAACAAAACAUCCCCUUUUUCUUCACUCUUCCGGAACCGGUACAGAAGUUGGUGCUUUUUCUACUUUGUUUACGUUAGUGACUGGGGGGUUUCAGGGAAGGCCUAUGUGGUGUACCUUUCAGGUGUGGAAUUCUCGUUUAACUUUUGUAUUCAUCGUGUUCCUUAUUUACUUGGGUGCACUGCAUUUUCAAAAGCUUCCUGUCGAACCGGCUCCUAUUUCAAUCCGUGUUGGACCGAUCGAUAUACCAAUAAUAAAGUCUCCAGUCAACUGGUGGAAUACAUCGCAUCAACCUGGGAGCAUUAGCCGAUCUGGUACAUCAAUACAUGUUCCUAUGCCCAUUCCAAUCUUGUCUAACUUUGCUAACCUCCCGUUCUCUACCUGUAUCUUGUUCGUUCUGGAAACACGUCUUCCUAUUCCAUCUUUUCCCGAAUCUCCCUUAACGGAAGAAAUAGAAGCUUGAGAAGGAAUACCACUAAAAACCUAGUUCGCUCUCAAAUAAAAACCUAGUUCACUCGCUAAAGCAUCCAUGGCUGAAUGGUGAAAGCGCCCACCAACCUAGAAAGGCAAAAUGGGUCAAAAAGUAGGUUCGAUUCCUGCCGGAUGCACUGCCUCUUAAAGACAGAAACAGAGGAGGGAAAGAAGGUAGUAUAGGGA